AUGCUCCAAGAGGCAACGGAGGCAACAUAUGGUUUCAGGCCUAGUUAUAGGAAAAUAUGGUUGGCAAAGCAGAAGGCAAUGGCACAGAUCUAUGGCGAUUGGGAGGAGUCCUAUGGUGAUCUGUCCCAUUGGAUCAUUGGGGUCACAUCCACCAUGGAUGGUACCGUUGCUUUGCUGAAGAUCUACCCGGUUAGAGUGGGUGAUCAGGUUGAUGAAUCUAGAGUCUUCUUUCAUCGCAUGUUUUGGACAUUCCCUUCAUGUAUUGAGGCAUUUCGACACUGUAAGUCGCUUGUCAUUAUCGAUGGCACACACCUGUAUGGCAAGUAUGGAGGGACGUUGUUGUUGGCGAUUGCUCAAGAUGGAAACUCCAAUAUAUUGGCUUUGCGUUUGCACUUGUGGAGGGGGAAAAUGCAGAAUCCUGGGCAUACUUUCUAUCCAACCUUAGAAGACAUGUUACUCCACAGGAAGGUUGCUGCAAAUUUUGCCCUUACCUUUAAGGGCAAGGAGUCAAGGCGGUGGCUGGUAAAUGCCGCUUAUGCGAAGAUGGAAGCAGAAUUUGACUAUUGGUUUGAUAUAAUGAGGACAGAGAACCCGGCCAUGUGUGAUUGGGCAAAUAGGAUGGAGUAUGAGAGGUGGACACAGCACAAGGAUGGGGGGAGGCGAUAUGGUCACAUGACGACCAACAUAUCUGAGUGCGUGAACUCUGUCUUGAAGGGCACAAGAAAUCUACCGGUGACGUCCUUGGUCAAGUCGACCUAUCUACGGCUAGCUGAGUUGUUUGUUAUCCGAGGGCAGACGGUAGAGGCACAGUUAGCGUCCGGACAUCAGUUUUCGCAGGCACUUGUUAAGGCUAUUGAGCGGAUCUUGAGGGAUUCGAGGUGCUUCACGGUGACCCUGUUCGACAGGCAUCAAGCUGAGUAUACCGUGGGAAAGACUACCCCUACAGGUAAAUUCUCGUUGGGUAGUUACCGAGUUUCCCUAAGGGAUCGCACAUGCGACUGUGGAUACUUCCAAGCACUGCACUACCCCUGUUACCAUGCCAUCACGUGCUGUGCUCAGUCACGACUAGAUUGGGCCACUUACGUCGAUGAAGUCUACAGCAUGUCUGAGGUAUUCAAGGUCUAUCAGAUAUCCUUUGUAGGAUCUACCGGUGACUGUCCUGCCUCCAGCCUCAAUCGCACUGUACCCACUAACUCUACUACCAACCUGGGUGCCACCCCCAAUGCCCCUACGUCUAGCAUUGGUGCGACGAACACGGUGGUCGCCACCACCUCUGGCAUCCCUACCUGCAUCAUCCUCCUGCAUCAUAUCAUCUAA